CGUUGCCGGUCCGGUUCGCGAUACCUCAGAAGCGGGAUACGUCCGUAACAAACAACAUUACGGACGCCGUAUGUUUAAGUCGCCCUCUACGGCGAUACCGGAGACGAGGAGAACAAAGCGCAUCGCUCCCUCCGUAUCGUCUUAUUUCGGGAUAUUUAAUAUUCCUUUGUUGCGAAACCGACGCGGCUUCAGAUUCUAAUAUGAACAAACAAGGAAGAGUGUAUCGAGCGGAUCGUGAUCGUGGCCGUUUGUGUCAGAGCUGAAUUUACAGAAGUCAUCGCGACAUAAUAACUUUCCGAUUCCCAAUCGAGUGAGAGCGAGGUGAAAAAUUCCACAUCUGCGAACGAAUCGAUCAUUUCGUGUAAUUUUAAUGAGCGCCGCGAGCUUCAAAGCCGAACCGAUCGGUUAUCGCAGUCGUCGACAGGAGGUUUGAUAGAUGACGAGUUAAAUCACGACGUCGAGAUCACCUUUAGAUUAGAUAACGGUUACACCGGGCACUCAAAUGAACCGAAAAGUUGAUCGCAAUACCCUCGAAAAUGCCUGGGUUUCUGUUCGUCCUAGGGCUCCUGGGUGUAGUGGCUGGUGCACCGCGUCACGAUGUUUCGCCCAAGAUCAUCAACGGAACAAACGCGAACGACGGAGAAUUUCCCUACAUGGUAUCCCUGCGGAAAGUUCGCGACGGGGAACAGCACGAAUGCGGAGGGUCCAUCAUAUCCGAGCGCUGGAUCUUGACGGCUGCUCACUGUGUCUGGGGCCAGUUGCUCGUGUCAGUGCGGUAUGGUUCGGUACGGUUGGACGAGGGUCACGUGGACUACAACUACACAAUGCCCAUAAAAACCCAAAUCGUUCAUCCGGACUAUACCAACAUCGCCAACGACAGCGGGUGGUUCAUGCUGAACGAUGUCGCCCUGUUGGAGCUCCAAGACCCAUUGCCGUUCGGACCUGAUGUCGGACCGGUACAGCUCCCGGACCAAGAUGACCCAGAGCCCGUCGGAAGCACCGGAGUGCUGUCGGGAUGGGGCAACAUCGACGACCACAGCACCCAGCCCGAGGUGCUCCAGAAAAUCGACCAAAUUUUAUACGACCAAGAAUUCUGUUCAGCGUAUUUCGCAGUCAACUCCAUAUGGUACUACGAUCGGUACGGUUUCGUCUGCGGGGGAGUACCGGGAGAACUGCGACGCGCCUGUUUCGGCGACUCUGGCGGACCCCUGGUGGUGGACGGAGUCCAGCGCGGUAUGGUCUCCAUGGGCGGAACUAGGUGCGCCGUCAGUCCGACCAUCUUCACGCGGGUCUCCGUGGUCCGCGACUGGAUACGAACGGUGACCGGGACGUAGUAAUUAACCGGAACCCCCGGAGCGCGCGUAAACUUCUCCCCGCCUCCAUUGUUCAACCCCCCUCGGUUAAUAAAUCCCUCGGGGACGAAAGUUUUUGUUUGCCCAA